AUGGACGCCAUCCCCAGGGAUGUUUGGCUGGCGGUGUUCGAGGCGCUGGAGGCGCAAGACUUGGCUUGCGCCAAGUGCGUCUGCACGACGUGGCGGGACCUAGCCAGCUCAGAGAACAUGUGGUUCCAGGCGGUUGCCGCUGACUUCGGCCAGCUGGGUGCAUUCGUGGGAACGCAGAGGAUUCCCAGCCGCACCUGGUCCCAGCGCGCCAAGAUCAUGUACCAGGACCCCCUGUACAUGAACUUCCGCCAGAUGGCACGCCUGCACGCCCUGGUGCGCUCCACCGAGUCCUGGACCCUGGAGAUACGCAAGCCCGGAUACCAGUGGAACAAUGACGGCGAACUCCUGUUCCGAUCAAUCCCCUCGGGGGUGCACUUCAUGGGCCAAGGCUUGGCCUUCAUCUGCGACAUACCCCUGGAGCAGCUGGAGGCCUACUCACGGGAAUGGGUUUACAUCCUGGGCUGCGACGAGGUGGGGGACGAGUACGUGCUCACUUGCGCCCGGCUGAGCAUGGUGGGCCCCCGCCCCCGCAACGAGGCGUGGUCCAGCAGCUGCGUGCUGCCCCGCGACGGCGAGCUCAGAGUCGUGGGGCACGGGCUGUUCACGGGGUGCGACACGAGCGGGGAGCCCGACGGCUGUGUCACGGUGUUUGCGCACUACGCGCAGACGAUUUUUGGCACCCCCCCGCCGGGCCACGGUGUGUGGCACUAUGACGAGAUGCACAGCCCGCGUGUGUGCGGGGUGCCCAACUGGCUGGGCAUCCCGAAUGCCUGCGUCUACAUGGACGUCUUCGACGUGACAGGUGUGCACCACUGCUCGGUGGUCGUCAACCUGCCUGGAUGGCGCCAAGUGCCGGACCGCCUGACCGACUUCCGCCCCUGGUUCAGCGUUGGCCUGGACGCCCUCAGGUCAGAGGCGCCCAAGGAUCGCAGCAUGAGACUGUACUGCCACGUGUGCAUUUUUGAGCUCAUGAAAUACCGUGGUACGGUGCAAGGGAAGGAUGUGUAUGAUGACGGCCUGUUCAUAGAGCCGCUGAGCUGGGUGGAGUGUGAGCUGCGGUACCGAGGGGACGCGCCGGGGCCCGUGGGGCUGAGGAUCUCGGGGAACGGGGAGUUUGGGAUGUCCUGCUUCGAGUGUGUGGUGAUGGGCAUGGGGGGGGGCAACCCAAUGGUGUCACUGGAGAAGUCCAGGCGAACGGUCAGGCGCGGUUCUGGGACCCUGCACUGGUGGUGA